AUGUUAUUUGACCAUUAUUUGGCAAUGGCUCGACCGACUCCAGACUUUACAUUUCCUCUCGCAAAAGUGGAGAAGACUCUGAUUUGGAUUCGAUUUUCAGGGCUUAACUUAUUGUAUUAUGAUGAAAGUGUCCUACUUGGUUUAACAUUUGUUGUGGGUACUCCUGUUAAGAUAGAUACUAACACCCUAAAUGUAGAGAAGGGAAAUUUUGCGAGAAUUUGCGUGAAGAUUGAUUUGACCUUGCAGGUUAUCAGAAAGGUCAUUGUUAAUGGCCAUUAG